UCGACGGUCAAGCUUGUUAGUCCCACCUUUUUGUGUUUCCCGCACCGUCAAUCAAAAUAGAAAAAAAAUCGACCCGAAUUCGCCGAUCAACACUGGCCCGCCUUUGAUAAAAUAAUCAUGUUCGGAGUUUAGUUGAUCCGAUAAUCCCCCGGGUUACUACCACUCACGCUAUGACUGGUACGUAAACGUUCAGCACAUCGAAGCGUGCAGCUAAUCGCGCCAGAGCAGCCUCUGAAACAAGGAGAAAUGGCGUCCGCGGACGUGGACAGCAGUCAAAGCGAGUUUCUGCAACCCGGCGGCGCCGCGGAAACACAGACGACAGAUAUGUCAGCCAUUCAGCUGACGGGCUCAGAUCGAUGGGAGGUGUUGACUCCCGUAUCGGCUGGGAAGGAAGACCAGGGAGUCGUUCACAUUCCAAACUCGGGGAUUAUCACGUCCAACGGGCAGUAUGUGCUUCCUAUUGGGAGUAUUCCCAGCCAGCCCAUAUAUGUUACAGCAACCGGGAGUGAGGCUGCAGCAAAUGGAGUGUCGGGCAUUCAGUAUCAGGUCAUCCCUCAAAUCCAAAAUGCAGAUGGGACAAUUGCAGGAUUCCCCACGCAGGGUUUGGAUGACGGUACGGGGCAGAUUCAGCUACUCCAAGAUGGCAGCCAGGGCAGCAUUGGAAUCAGCUGUGCCACGACGGCAACCACAGAUCUCUUGACACAGGCGGGGCAGGUUCAGUCGAUCCAAGGCGUUUCGCUAGCUGGAGGUUCGGCGUACACGGGCACCAUGCCUGUAGGGCUUCCUGGCAACAUAACAUUCGUCCCUAUAAACAGUGUGGAUCUGGAGUCGCUGGGGCUGACCGGAGCUCAGACGGUCCCCAUCGCAACAGGAGUCACACCUGAAGGCCAGUUGAUAAUGAGCGGCCAGGCUCUCGACACCCAGAACCAGGACACCGGAGCCAAACAGUCGCUGGUCACUGUGAGUGACCCGAGCGCCAACCAAGAGCUCUACGUGCCAACAACCACUUCCUCUUCCAACUCCGCCCAGCUUCCUGAGACCAUCGACGGCACAGGAGUUCUCACCCAGGCGACUGCCGUGUCCGCAGGCGUGUCUGAUCUGUCGUCCUCGGAGAACUACAACUCCCACAACCACCUGCAGCAAAUCCAGGUGUCAUCCUCCAAUGCCACCACUAUCUCACAGCCCAUCUUGCAGCUGUCUGGGGACAGUCAGGCCCAGGUAGCCCAGGUGGCUCAGGGUCAGGACCUGACUGCAGGAGCAGGUCAGACUCUACAGAGCGUGCAGCUGGUCAACCCUGGGACCUUUCUCAUCCAGGCCCAAACUGUCACUGCUACUGGACAGAUCCAGUGGCAGACCUUCCAGGUUCAGGGUGUCCAGUCACUCCAAGGACUUCAGCUGCCCCAGGGUCAGGGCCAGGCCCAACAGUUGACUUUAGCCCCAGUCCAGACCCUUCCCCUGGGCCAGUCAGGCCAGGUCAGCCUGCCCAACCUCCAAACAGUCACAGUUAACUCUGUAACACAAACUGGGGUCCAGUACUCACAGGGAGAGGAUGCAAACAGUCCAGCAGGUAUCCAUAUAAAGGAAGAGCCAGACUCUGAGGAGUGGCAGCUGAGCGGGGAUUCCACGUUGAACCCCAGCGACUUGAACAACCUGCGUGUUCAGAUGGGAGACGAGGACAUGGAGACGCCGAGCGGGGAGGGCAAAAGGCUCCGCAGAGUCGCCUGCACCUGCCCCAACUGCAAAGAGUCUGGAGGAAGGGGUUCAGGUAUGGGGAAGAAGAAGCAGCACAUCUGCCACAUCGCCGGUUGCGGCAAGGUUUACGGGAAGACAUCCCACCUCCGAGCUCACCUGCGCUGGCACAGCGGCGAGAGACCCUUCGUCUGCAACUGGAUGUUCUGUGGGAAGAGAUUCACCAGGAGCGACGAGCUGCAGAGACACAGGAGGACGCACACAGGGGAGAAGAAGUUUGUGUGCUCAGAGUGCUCCAAGAGGUUCAUGCGGAGCGACCACCUGGCCAAGCACAUAAAGACUCACCAGAAUAAAAAAGGCGGGGUGCCCCCCUCCACGUCUCCGCCCACCUCCGACGCCAUCAUCAACACGGACGGAACAACGCUCAUCCUCCAGGCCACCAACGCGCACGACCUUGUAGCCAAUCAGGAGAUCCCCUUGCAGCUGGUCACAGUGGCGCCCAGCGAGGUCAUGGAAUGAGGGGGUGGGUGGGGGUUGAUGUGGUGAGGUGGCUUUUUGAGAACUGGCCUAUCAAAAGGGACCUCUUGGGCUUUUCUCUUCCCCUCUUCCCCCCCCCUUUUUUUUUCCUUGUUUUGUUUUUUUACAUAUGAAUAUAUACCUAAAUGUAUAUGACAAAUAUAUAUAUUUUAAGUAAGAGUUAUCUUGACUUUAUGUUUGUUUU